GGGUUAUGUGAGCUUGUGGGGCGCAGCCUACGCGUAGUUGGCGAUUCUCUGAGCCGAUGGAGACGAUACCUAGCGCCCGAGCGCUUGAGCAUGAAGCACUCCAGGAGUAGAGACUACGAGAGGCGCGUACCUGGCAAUAAAACCCCGCAUUCCCCGCAACACAGUUAUUCUGCUCCCCCACAUUCCGCCCUGGGGAAGCUGCCUGAGUUGUCGCCCUCAAGAAACGCCCAUACAAACAAGCGCCCAAAGCCCAUUCAUCCAGUCACUUCAAGGGUUCUCAACGAGGCCCUACGUUCUCGACGAGGCCGUUUGUCUUCGACAUGAACAUAUGGAAAAGACGGAAAGGAGGUCAACUUGAAUAUAAGGACAACAACGACUCAGUGACACGC